GUCUUUUCUGCGCUUCCUAAUUGGCCAGGUUUCACCUGGUCUCGCCCCCUACAAUGGGCUGUUGACCUUGUCUGUCUCUGGCCUGGGGCCUCGGAUUGGCUCAGACUCAAAUUGUUCACGAAGCCGACCUCAGGGCGGGGCCCGCCACGAGCGAUUGGCUGCCGGAGCCAGACACGCGCGGUGAUUGGCGGGCGCCGGCCUGGCGGAAGCGGGGCAGGCCGGGGGUUGCUCUGGGCCAUGGCGGCCGCGCCGCCGCUGCGGGACCGCCUGAGCUUCCUGCAGCGGCUCCCAAUUCUCCUGAAGGGAACAUCGGACGACGAUGUCCCGUGUCCCGGCUACCUGUUUGAAGAGAUUGCUAAAAUCUCCCACGAGUCGCUGGGCAGCAGCCAGUGCCUGCUGGAAUACCUCCUGAACCGCCUGGACAGCAGCUCUGGCCAUGUGAAGCUCAAGGUGCUGAAGAUCCUGCUCUACCUGUGCAGCCACGGCUCCGCGUCCUUCCUGCUUAUCCUCAAACGCAACUCCUCCUUCAUCCAGGAGGCCACAGCGUUGGCAGGGCCCCCGGAUCCUCUCCACGGCAACAGCUUAUACCAGAAGGUGCGGGCAGCCGCCCAGGACUUGGGGAGCACCUUGUUCUCCGAUUCCAGGUUGCCGCUGCCUCCCUCCCAGCCUCCGGGGGCCUUGCCUCCUGCAGGCAUGGGCUCCCAGUGCAGGCCUCACAGUAGUCUCCAGGGUUUUGGCUACAGCCAGGAACGGGGCCACACAGCUGUGAGGCACCAGCCCGGGCAGGCCGGAGGGGGCUGGGAGGAGCUGGACAGCGGCCCCAGCUCCCAGAAUUCUUCCCAGAACAGUGACCCGAGCAGGCCCUCGGACUCAGGCAGUCGGUCCAGCAGUGACAGCCACUCGAGGGCCAGCCGGGAGCCAGGCGAGCUGGCAGACAGGGCCGAGGCAUCGAGCGACUGCCAGCAGGAGCUGAACCUGGUGAGGACGGUGACCCAGGGGCCGUGUGCCUUCCUGAGCCGCGAGGAGGCGCAGCACUUCAUCAAAGAGUGUGGGCUGCUCAACUGUGAGGCCGUGCUGGAGCUGCUGAUCCGCCUCCUGGGCGGAACCAGCGAGUGCACACAGAUGAGAGCACUGAGUGCCAUCGCCUCCCUCGGGGGUGCCGACCUGCUCCCCCAGGAGCACAUCCUCCUCCUCUGCCGGCCGCGGCUGCAGGAGCUCAGCGCGGGCAGCCCUGGACCUGUGACCAACAAGGCCACCAAGAUCCUGAGGCACUUUGAAGCCUCCUGUGGACAGCUGCCCCCUGCCCAGAGGCCCCCCGCCGGGCCCGGCCCCGCAGCCCCCCUCGCAGGCCCGUCCGACCUGCUGGCCGAAGCCGUGCCUCUCGCGGGGGCCCGCGUCGUCCUCCAGCCUCUGAGUUCAGCCCUGCUCCCACCCCUACCCCCGGACGCCGCCCCCCUCCCAGCCCCUGGAGAUGCCAGCGCGGCCCAGACGGGACUGGCCGGCUCCCGAGAGCGGGGGCCCAGACCUGAGCGGGACCCGGGGGGCACAGACACCCCCGGGGGAGGCCCGGGCAGCUGCCCGUGGAGCCAAGACUCCUUGUUUGCCGGCAUGGAGCUGGUGGCCCGCCCCCGCCCGGUGGGGGCCGGGGCUGCUGCAGAGGUGUCCUGCCUGGACCCCCAGGGCCCCCGGACGGCAGCACAGAGGACGGCAGCCAAAGAGCCGGAGCCAUCGGCUUUUGCGUUCUUGAAUGUGUGACCGUGUGGCCUGGCCCUGGGGGUCUCCGCCCCGGCCGGCAGCUGCUGCGCUUCCAGCGAGGCCCUUGGCUGGGGCUGCCGCGGACUCCAGGCAACGUGACCUGAGAGGAAGACCCCAGGGCUACCUCAGUUUCCCUCAUCUCCUUUGCCAGAGGCUGGCUGUUUUGAUUUGAUUCCUGCAGCAGAGGACAGGCUGGUGGCAGGGCCUUCAACUUGCUGGCCUCGGGGUCCCAGGCCCCCAGCCUGCCUGGCCCUCCGGAACCCGGGUGCUGAUGAGGACCUGGGGACAGCUCCUCGGUUCCCACUCUGCUCCCCUCCCUGGGGGGAGGCCGGGUGCUGGCGAGGCAGGGCUUUCGCCUGUGGCUCAAGGGGUCCGGCCUGUGGCCGUGAUCAGCGUCCACCCUGUGUGCUGCGUCUGGACGCCCACUGUCCCCUCUGCCACGGCAGCUCCCAGCAGGCCUGGCCUUGGGCCCCCAAGUGCUGAUUCCAGCAUCUAAGGGCAGAGACAGCCCGGAGCCGUGUGUGGGUUCGAAUAAACACUACUGUUUACACUGGCUGGGCCACG